ACGAGGGCAGAGCAGGGGACGGGGGCAGAGCAAGGGACGGGGGCAGAGCAAGGGACGAGGAAAGAAACUGUCCAAAUGUGAUGCAGAACGAGUAAAGGAACAGUUUGAAAACAGGAAAACAAGGUUAAAGGAACUUAUAUCAGAGAUGCCGAAUGAUGAGGUCAGAAACCUGUGUCUGCAAUUGGCAGAAAGAGAGCCAGGAAUGGUGUUUGACUUGUGUGAGGCAAGUGCAUCACCAUCCCCUUACAGAUACCAUCCACCACCAGGACAGACCAGUCCAAGUUGGUGUAGGUGUGGCAAUUGCCGGGAGAUGCCAACAGAAAUCGAGAGGAAAUGCUGUGACAACCUUCCACGGAACUGCAUCUCCCAACAACCAGAAAUGGACAUCUUAGUACUGGAGGAGCAAGGUUUGAGACUUGCAUACACCUACAGAAAUGACAUUUUGGGACUCCACAAUUUGAUGCUGGAGGAUUAUAACACCAAUCAGAGAUAAAUUUCCAGACCCAUUGGUGUGAUAGACUGGCUAAGUACCAUAUGUCCAGCAGCGUAUUUAUUUGAAGUGGUUCUAAUCAGUUAUUGGAAUCGACUUCGUUUCUUGGAAACCAGAACUUCUGUUGACUCUGGUUCAACCUCUGCAAUG